CAUUCGCAAUCACAAUUCAUCCAUACCAGUAGAUGAUGGAGCAAGGAGCACAAAGCCUUCCCCAGACCAUUCCACUGAUAAGAAAAUACCCCGCGAGAAAAUGCACACAACAGCCAUGAUCCUUUAUCGAUAAGAUACCUACCUACACCUACACCAACCCUAGAGCUCCUUUGACUCAACUCUGUAUCAUGAUUCCUCAAAAAUAAACAAUUCGGUGCCUUUGCCUUCUUUUUGCCUGUCUCCGACUCCUCGGUUACUUUUCCCGCGGGAGGCAGCUCCCCUGAAACCCCCAAAAUGAGCGCUGUCGCCCUCGUAUUGAAAUGGGGCCUAACCCUCCCGAUUGUUGUCGUCGUCUUGGCCGUUGCGUACCGCCUCCAGCAGCAGCCUCUACUCGGUUCGUCCAGCGGGAAUCAUGAUGACGCCGUCACGUACUGCUACAAGGGUGUUAGAACUCACGACAACGAGCAGCCCGCGGCCCAAUGCUUCUCCGUUGUCGACGGCACCUUUGCGGCCGUCUGGUCCACCGCCGAAAACCAGGCCGAAGCCGGCGAUGCUGCUCUUGAUGCCGAUGCACCACGCAACGCCGAGGCCCUGGAUGGCUACGUCAUUCCGGGACUCUGGGACGGCCAUGGCCAUUUGUUGCAGUAUGGCGAGUUUCUUCACUCGGUUGACCUUUUUGGCUCGGAAACGCUCGACGAGGUGCGAUCCCGCACGAGGGACUACCUCGCUGCGAACCCCGGUGCCGGAUCCAAGGAUAACUGGGUUCGCGGUGUUGGUUGGGAUCAGACCUUCUUCGGCCGGAUGCCAACCGCGGCCGACAUCGAGGACGACGAAAGCCUCCGCGGCCUGUACAUGAUGCUGGACCGUAUCGAUGUCCACUGCACCUGGGUCUCUCAAGCCGUUCUCGAUCUCCUCCCCGCCGACCUCCCAGAUGUCAUCCCCGGCGGCGAGAUCAUCCGCGAGCCCGGAAUGGGCGUCUUCUGCGACAACGCCAUGGACCUCGUCAUCAACCUGUGGCCCAAGCCCGGCCCGGACGUCAAGGCCCAGCAUGUCAAGUCGGCCAUGCGCAAGCUCAACGAAGUCGGCCUCGUUGGCAUGCACGACGCCGGUGCUACGCCCGAGACCUUGACGCUGUUCUCGGAGUUGGCCAACAAGGACGACUGGACGCUCCGUGUGUACGCCAUGCUCGAGUGUCCGCAGCGCAACACGUACUGCCCCGAUGUGGCCGUCAAGUUUGAUCGUGACGAUGACCGUUUCGCCGUCAAGAGCGUCAAGCUAUUUGCUGACGGCGCCUUAGGGAGUUGGGGCAGCGCCAUGCUCGAGCCUUACGCCGACCACCCCUGGACCUCAGGUUCUCUCCUGAUCAACGCCUCAGCUCUCACCGACGUCUCCAAGAGCUGGGCCGCCGACGGCUAUCAGGUUAACAUCCACGCCAUCGGCGACCUGGCGAACCGCAACGCCGUCGACGCCCUGGAGGCUGCCCUUUCGCAGCAAUGCCCUGACGAGGCCGCUGCGGCAAAGCUCUACCAAGACGGUCAUCACCAAGACGACGACAGCCAGGCUCAUCCCCUCGCUGCAUGCCAGGCUCGCUACCGCUUCCGGAUCGAACACGCCCAGAUCAUCCACCCGCACGACCAGCGCCGUAUCCACACCCUCGGUAUCUUACCCUCCAUCCAGCCCACCCAUGCUACAUCGGACAUGAAGUAUGCUCUCGAUCGCCUCGGUCCGGACCGCCUCGCCAACUCCGCCUACCGUAUGCGCUCCCUGCUGCCCGCCCAUCCCAUUCUUGGCUCCGACUUCCCCGUCGAGCCGCCCAACCCCUUCCAGGGCAUCUACGCCGCCGUGGCCCGCCGCAGCCCAGCGACCGGUCGUGGAGCCGACGGCGGGCCGGACGGCUGGUACACCGAGGAGGCGCUGAGCCAAGACCAGGCUCUGUGGGGGUUCACCCGGUCACCGGCCUACGGGGCGUUCCUCGAAGACCGUGCUGGUGUCAUCCGCACAGGCGCCCUGGCUGAUUGGGUAGUUUUGGAUCAGCCAGUUGAUUCCUACGGCGUGGAGGACCUGCGGACUCUGACAGUCAAGGAGACCUGGGUGGGGGGAAGAAGGGUUUAUGUCCGACCAGAGUGAUAGAGUAGCUUGCUUGAAGGAGGGUAGGAGUUUUGGAAAUAUAGGUAAAUUUUUCAACGGUAAAGCGACCGGAUGUGUUGAAUAAUGUGGUAUUUCUUGCUGAUUCGAUAAUGAGAUGCAGCUGGGAUAAACUUAUCAUGAAACCCCCGAGUAUAGGUCCAGUCGUUCCCCUCGCCAAUUAUAACUCCAGUACCCUCUAUAAAACAAUACUCGGCCUAUCACGUUCUAACACCUAAUUCCUGGAAAUCAUUAAUCCAUGCCACCCAUGCAAACAAAACAGAAGAGUCUGGGCACAAUCAAGGUUCUAGUCGGCCUUGACAAUGAGCUGGUUCUCAUACCACUUGGCAAACUGCACUGUGGGAAUAUCCACAGCCCGCCAGAAGAUAUCGGCACACCAGACAAUAGUCGGGAUGCAAAAACAGGCGCCCAGAACGAAGCCGACGUGGUACGCGUCGCCCUCAACGCCCGUUAUGUCCCA